AUGACGGUGAGCGGCUUUGAUCUCGGAUUUGGUAGGACAGUGAAAGGCGUCAACAGAACGUUUGACAGAGUCCACCGAACGCUGCGUGUGGAUUUGCAGACGCAGAUUGGCCAUCACACCAACGCCGUGCUGAAUAUUCCAGCAGGUGACGAUGACCUACUGGGAAAGGUUGAGAGGAAGCAGGAUGUCUCCGGUAAGCGGCACCACACCAUCCACUCCAUGCUCACCGUAUCCUCUGAGCAUGUUGCGUCAAUCUCCGCUACCCAUCUCGAGAACGCGCUCCGAUAUGCCGGACAGCAGCGCAUCGCUUCCCUACUCCUCGCAUCUGUACAGAGAAGCACCUUCCGGGCUUAUGUGCGCCGACAGUCGCUGGAAAGGAUGCAAAGCCAGACAGAUCAUCUCGGCCCCAUGCCUAGUUCCACGAAGAUCGUCGCGUUCAUGACCACGCUCGACUUGAAACAACCGUUGCCUAAUGAGAAGACACCAAAGGAACAAUUGAUUGAGCUGAUUGAGCAGCAACGGAUUGCCCAUCGAGUUAUCACUAGUGCAAGGGAGACGCAUCAUGGAGGAUGCCAACCAUUCUACCCUGAAGUUUCUGGUUUUAUAUCGAUGCUAGACGACGUGUCCUUCCAGCAUCGCGUCUCUCGUGGGAAGGUCGGAAGACCUAGCGCCCUCCGAUCCGCCAGGCAGCAACGGAUUGCGUCUCAGCCUUUUGCUUCGGUCAAUACUGGCCAGAAACGAGAGGACACGAGAUCUUGGGUCGGCCCCGAUAUCUCGCAGAGUCUUGAAAGAGUAAGUCUGCGGAACGGUGUUGCCAUUGCUGCCGAAAGCGUCUUCGAUGCAUCGAGGUUGAUGGAGGAGAACAAUGUUAUACGUGGGUAUCUUUUUCCAGUAAAACAAUACUAG